UCCCCCAGAGCCGCAAUGGUUGGUCCUAGGCCAGGGCGGGAGGGAGGUCGGCACGCCGGCCGCUUCCGGGUUGGGCGCGGGCGGGCGCUCUGUGGUUGCUCCUUCCGUCGGCGUUCUGGCGUGGCGCGGGCGGGCGCUAUGCGCAGGCUCGGCCCUUGCCUCAAGAUGGCGGCGGUGGCGGAUAAACAGAAGCACGAGCACGGCCGGGUGAAGAUUGGGCAUUAUAUCCUGGGCGACACGCUGGGCGUCGGCACCUUCGGGAAAGUCAAGGUUGGAAAACAUGAGUUAACUGGGCAUAAAGUUGCCGUGAAGAUCCUGAAUCGACAGAAGAUUCGCAGCCUUGAUGUUGUAGGCAAAAUCCGCAGGGAGAUUCAGAACCUCAAACUCUUCAGGCAUCCUCAUAUAAUUAAGCUGUACCAAGUCAUCAGUACACCCACUGACAUUUUCAUGGUGAUGGAAUAUGUUUCAGGAGGAGAACUGUUUGAUUAUAUCUGUAAAAAUGGAAGGCUUGAUGAGAAAGAAAGUAGACGUUUAUUUCAGCAAAUCCUUUCUGGUGUGGAUUACUGUCACAGGCACAUGGUAGUACAUAGAGAUCUGAAGCCUGAAAAUGUGCUUCUUGAUGCACAUAUGAAUGCCAAGAUAGCUGACUUUGGUCUAUCAAAUAUGAUGUCAGAUGGAGAAUUUUUAAGAACAAGCUGUGGUUCCCCUAACUAUGCUGCACCAGAAGUAAUUUCUGGAAGGUUAUAUGCAGGUCCAGAAGUAGAUAUUUGGAGCAGUGGGGUUAUUCUCUAUGCUUUGUUAUGUGGAACGCUUCCAUUUGAUGAUGAUCAUGUGCCAACCCUUUUUAAGAAGAUAUGUGAUGGUAUCUUUUAUACCCCUCAGUACCUGAAUCCAUCUGUAAUUAGUCUCUUGAAGCACAUGCUGCAAGUGGAUCCAAUGAAAAGAGCAACAAUCAGAGACAUUAGGGAACAUGAAUGGUUUAAACAGGAUCUUCCAAAAUACUUGUUUCCUGAAGAUCCAUCUUACAGUUCUACUAUGAUUGAUGAUGAAGCCUUAAAAGAAGUGUGUGAGAAGUUCGAAUGCACUGAAGAGGAAGUACUAAGUUGUCUGUACAGCCGAAAUCAUCAGGACCCUCUAGCUGUUGCUUAUCACCUUAUUAUAGAUAACAGAAGAAUAAUGAACGAGGCCAAAGACUUCUACUUGGCCACAAGUCCACCAGAUUCUUUUCUGGAUGAUCACCACCUGUCUCGCCCUCACCCUGAACGAGUGCCAUUUUUAGUAGCGGAAGCACCACGUCCUCGCCACACCCUUGAUGAGCUGAAUCCACAGAAAUCAAAACACCAAGGUGUAAGACGGGCUAAAUGGCACUUGGGAAUACGGAGUCAGAGUCGACCAAAUGAUAUUAUGGCUGAAGUUUGCAGAGCAAUUAAACAGCUGGAUUAUGAAUGGAAGGUUGUAAAUCCAUAUUAUCUGCGUGUUCGGAGGAAGAAUCCAGUAACAAGUGCAUAUUCCAAAAUGAGUCUCCAGUUGUAUCAGGUGGACAGCAGAACAUACUUACUGGACUUCCGUAGUAUUGAUGAUGAAAUUGCUGAAGUGAAGUCUGGGACUGCAACUCCACAGAGAUCAGGUUCUGUGAGCAACUAUAAAUCUUGUCCAAAAGAUUCAGAUGCUGAUGCCCAAGGAAAAUCUGCGGAUACAUCCCUUACCUCAUCAGUGAACUCUUCGCUUGACUCUUCCACAGCUGAUGUAACUCCAAGACCAGGGAGUCAUACAAUUGAGUUUUUUGAGAUGUGUGCAAAUCUUAUUAAGAUACUUGCACAGUAAUUUUGAAGAUGGGCUUAUUUCUUUUAGAGCAAUAAGCAUGCCUAAAUCAUAGUCAUAUGCUUCCAAUUAUAAUAAAGUGAAAUUAACUAAGGCGCUGAAAAAGCCACAGAAUGCAAUUUGCAUGGGGAUAAAAUAUUUAUGGGCAGUUAACAUGUAUUAUUUUGAAGCUGGAGUGAAUUCUGAUUGCCUGCUGUCCAAUAGGAUGACACAGGUACAGGAAAUAACAUGCCUUUUGGGGAUAGUGUUUGUAACAUUUUACCUUGAGUGCAAAAUAGGCUGCCUAUAACAUUUAAGCUAGAUGGACCUUGUUUUUUUUUUUUAUCUAGUUAUACAUAUAUCUGAUGCACUGUAAGUUAACAUACAUGUACUAGUUCAGUGAUACCAGUAUGACUUAUUGGUCACCCUCUGCAGUUGUGACUCAGAACUAUCAGCAUCUCCUAACAGAUGUUAAUGUGUUAAAACUGCUAUGUUUCUUUCCCCUUAUUUGACAAAAAAUAAUAAAGAAUACUAUGAUGUGUUACAAUGUACUACUUUCAACAAAAAGUUUUAUUAAAAGUAUGCAAAUCUGGCCUGUUGGAAA